AUGGAGAAAUAUUUCAAAAGAACCUCGUCAUUGGAGAUUGGAUCUCAAAAUAAUUCAUCGACCUCUUCUAAUAAAAGGAGGUUUUUAGAAUUCGAAGUAGAGAGUCUUAUAGCAGAUCCAGAACAACGACCAAAGGUUUCAAGUUAUCAUCCGAAUGACAGAGACAAAGUUAGAUGUGCAUAUUUACAAAAAGGUCCUUGUCAACCAAGGACUCAUGAUUUUCCACAAACUGCUUAUGGUUCUUCUUUUCGAAGAUUUAAUCCUAAUUGGUUUGAUGACUAUCGCAACUGGUUAGAGUAUAGUAUAUCAAAAGAUGCUGUUUUUUGUCUUUGUUGUUAUCUUAUGAAACCCGAGACUGAAGGUGGUGAUGCUUUUGUAACUAAUGACUUUUCAAAUUGGAAAAAAAAGGAGAGACUACAAAUUCAUGUUGGAAUUCAUGAUAGUGCUCAUAAUCAGGCUUGGAGAAAAUGUGAAGCACUUAUGAGACCAAAACAACACAUCAUUGCUGCUAUUGAAAAACAAUCUGAGCAAGCUAGAAAGAAUUAUCAAAUUCACUUGACAGCAACAAUUGAUUGUAUUAGAUUUCUUUUGCGACAAGGAUUGGCCUUUCGUAGUAAUGAUGAGACGGAUGAUUCUGUUAACCAAGGAAAUUUUUUAGAACUUCUAAACUUUCUUGCACAACAUAAUGAAGAGAUUGAUCGUGCUUUCAAAAAUGCUCGUGGUAAUCUUAAACUAAUAGCACCCUCAAUCCAAAAAGACAUUGUAAGAGCUGCCGCAAGGGAAACGACAAAAGUCAUUGUUGAUGAUCUUGGUGAUGAAUUAUUUGCUGUAUUGGUUGAUGAAGCCCGCGACAUUUCCAUUAAGGAGCAAAUGUCAGUUUGCUUAAGGUAUGUAAACAAAGAAGGACAAGUUAGGGAGCAUUUUCUUGGUCUUGUUCAUGUUUCUAAUACUAAUGCUUUAUCUCUAAAAUUAGUAUUGGAGUCAUUAUUAGAAACAUAUAAUUUAAGUUUAUCAAGAGUACGUGGACAAGGAUAUGAUGGUGCAAGUAACAUGCAAGGAGAAUUUAAUGGUUUGAAAACUUUGAUAUUGAAAGAAAAUUCUUAUGCUUUCUAUGUACAUUGCUUUGCCCACCAACUUCAGUUAACUCUUGUAACGGUUGCAAAAAAACAAGUUGAAAUUGCUUUGCUUUUUAAUUUGUUAACCAAUUUGUGCAAUGUUGUUGGAGCUUCGUGUAAACGAAGAGAUAUGCUUUGUGAUAGUCAGAUGACUAAGACAAUUGAAGCAUUAAAAAGUGAAGAAAUUUCUAGUGGGCGUGGUUUGAAUCAAGAAACAGCUUUAAAAAGAGCUGGAGACACUAGAUGGGGUUCACACUAUGGAACUAUACUUAGAUUAAUUUCUUUAUUUCCUUCUGUGGUUAAUGUUCUUGAAUAUGUUGAGGAAGAUGGAAAUAAUUCAGAACAAAGAGCUGAAGUAUGUCAUUUAUUGAAUGUCAUUCAAUCCUUUGAAUUUAUUUUCAACUUGCACUUGAUGAAAAAUAUCUUGGGAGUUACUAAUGAGUUAUCUCAGGCAUUACAAAGGAAUGAUCAAGAUAUUGUAAAUGCUAUGGCAUUAGUCAAAGUGUCUAAGCAACGAUUGCAAAAUAUAAGAGAUGAUGGUUGGUCUCAUUUACUUGAUGAAGUCUCACUGUUUUGUGACAAACAUGAUAUUAUUGUUCCAAUCAUGGAUGAUUGA